UUCGCUGGAACUGUUCGUUAUGUCCAGCAGCAAUGCCGGACAUCAAAAUAACACCACUUGGGGCGGGUCAGGAUGUCGGUCGCAGCUGCAUUUUGCUUUCGAUGGCUGGCAAAAACAUAAUGCUGGACUGUGGAAUGCACAUGGGAUACAAUGACGAGCGCCGCUUUCCCGACUUUAGCUUCAUCAUCCCGGAAGGGCCAAUAACGAAUCAUAUCGACUGCGUGAUCAUAUCGCACUUCCAUCUCGAUCAUUGUGGUGCACUGCCGUACAUGACGGAGAUGGUCGGCUACACCGGUCCGAUCUACAUGACGCACCCAACCAAAGCGAUUGCACCGAUCCUGCUGGAAGACAUGCGUAAAGUAGCCGUGGAGCGGAAAGGUGAAAGCAACUUCUUCACACCGCAAAUGAUUAAGGAUUGCAUGAAGAAGGUGAUCGCCGUGACACUGCAUCAAAGCGUCAUGGUCGAUAGCGAGCUGGAGAUAAAAGCGUACUACGCUGGACACGUACUUGGUGCUGCUAUGUUUUGGAUUCGCGUGGGAUCGCAGUCGGUAGUGUACACCGGCGACUACAAUAUGACGCCCGAUCGACACCUUGGCGCUGCCUGGAUCGAUAAAUGUAAACCGGAUCUGCUGAUCACCGAAAGCACGUACGCCACAACGAUCCGCGACUCCAAACGUUGUCGAGAGAGAGAUUUCCUGAAGAAGGUACACGAAUGCGUGGCAAAGGGUGGCAAGGUGCUGAUACCCGUUUUUGCGCUUGGUCGCGCACAGGAGCUUUGUAUCUUGCUGGAAACGUACUGGGAGCGGAUGAAUCUGAAGUUCCCGGUGUAUUUUGCGGUCGGUUUGACCGAGAAGGCGAACAAUUACUACAAAAUGUUCAUCACCUGGACGAACCAGAAAAUCCGCAAAACAUUCGUACAGCGCAACAUGUUCGACUUCAAGCACAUCAAACCAUUCGAUAAAGUCUACAUCGAUAAUCCCGGUGCCAUGGUGGUAUUUGCCACGCCGGGCAUGCUGCACGCCGGAUUGUCACUUCAGAUUUUCAAAAAGUGGGCCCCGAACGAAAACAACAUGGUCAUCAUGCCGGGAUACUGUGUGCAGGGUACGGUCGGGCACAAGAUUUUAGGCGGUGCGAAAAAGGUAGAGUUUGAAAAUCGGCAGGUGGUGGACGUAAAAAUGUCCGUAGAGUACAUGAGCUUUAGCGCACACGCCGAUGCAAAAGGCAUCAUGCAGCUGAUACAGUUUUGCGAGCCCCGCAACGUAAUGCUUGUGCACGGUGAGGCGGUCAAGAUGGAGUUCUUGAAGGAGAAAAUAAGGGAAGAGUUCAAGAUCGAAUGCUAUACGCCCGCUAAUGGGGAAACGUGCACGAUCAGCACACCGAUCAAAAUACCGGUCGAGACGUCGCUGUCGAUACUGAAAGAUGAGGUAAAAAAGUACAACGCCCAACCGCCGGAUCCGAAAAGGCGUCGCAUUAUACACGGCAUUCUGGUGAUGAAAGAUAAUAAAAUUUCGCUCAUGAGCAUUGACGAGAUCUUCAAUGAAGCUGGUAUUGAUCGGCAUGUGAUAAGGUUCAUCUCAAAGAUAAAGCUGGAUGAUCCUGGACCACCGAUGCGUACGAUCGAGAAGCUGUACAAUAUGCUGAAUGAGCGUCUAUCCGGCUGGACGGUAACGAUGAAUGAAAACAAUUCCAUCAACGUCGAGUCCGUUAACAUAAAGAUCGAAACAGAAGAGCAACCCGGCAGUGCCAUUGGACCAAUUGGGGGCCAGUCGAGUGUGGCCGGUGUGCACAAGAUUUGCAACGUUAGCUGGGUUAACCAGGAUGAGGAUUUGGGUAGUUAUAUUCUUGGAUUGCUACAAAGCCUUUAAGCUCCGUCUCCAUUCGGUAAGCG